AUGAAUUGGUGGAACUUGGAAACCAAAAUUCAUCCAAAACGGGCAACUAAUUGGAUUUCUGCAAGAACUAUUGAUGAAUAUGCUUAUGGUGUUAAUUAUUGGACUCCAAUGGAAUACAAGGAACUCGACCGUUGUUUGGAGGCUUCAAACCUCAUGUUAAAACUGGAUAUGGAAAAGGUGUAUGAUAGAGUGGAGUGGUUUUUUCUUAUUUUCAUGCUUCGUGCUUUUGGUUUCCAAGAAAAUGCAGUCGAUUUGAUCUUCCACCUGGUUGCAAAUAAUUGGUUUUUGGUGCUAGUAAAUGGGGAGCCGGCGGGGUUUUUCAAGUCGACGCGAGGAGUCAGACAAGGGGAUCCGAUCUCGCCAGGUCUUUUUGUGCUAGUCUCUGAAUUCUUUGGAAGAGGGUUGGCUGCCUUAUUCCGCCAAAGCAGACAUAGGUUUUUCCAAGCUGGAGGAGGCAGAGUUCCAUAUUUGGCAUUCGCCGAUGAUGUCACUAUUUUCACGAGACUAUCGCGGGAGACCUUAGAAGCAGUGGGAGGCUUUUUUAGGCAAUAUCAGCAGUAUUUAGGACAGAGGAUAAAUGCAGCAAAAAGCUGCUUUGUGUGCCCGUCUGGGGCGACUGAGGCGCAUGUGAAAAUUGGCAUUGGUUUUCCACUGGAGUACGAAGCUGCUGUCUAUGGGGGUAAAUUAAUUCACUUAAAGCACGUUUUGAACUCGAUGCCGCUGUAUCUUUUGCAGCUGUGCUUCCCCGCAAAGGUGGGGGGAUUGGGAGUUCGCUCGUUGGAUGACAUGGCCAAAGCCUUCUCCUGUAAGUUAUGGUGGCGGCUUCGUCAACGGGGAUCCAUAUGGUUGGAUUUUAUGUUCUCUAAGUAUAUCGGUGACCAACACCCGCUCCAGGCGAUGGUAGCAAGACCGAAGGGUACAUGGAAGCGGCUCCUUGGUAUACUGGAGUUGGCUGAAUCUCAGAUUACAUGGAGCCUGGGACCGGGCAUGUGGCUUCCUUGCCAUCUGGUGGAUUUGAUAUUGGAGACUCCUUUCGACCUUGAUGGGCAGGAUCAGAUCAUAUGGGCGGGGUCAACGACGAAAUGCUUUUCAUUGAGUUCAGUAUGGGAGCUAUGUCGACAAAGUAGAGGUGGCUUCCCGAUGCAUGGUCUGGUUUGGAAUAGGGGUGUUCCGCUGAAAAUAUCUAUCUUUGCUUGGAGACUGUUGAACAACUUUGUGCCCUUGGAUUCGGUGCUGCGUCGAAGAGGUCUGCCCUUGAUAUCCAGAUGCUCCUGCUGUCUCGCAGAGGAGGAAUCGGUGCUUCACUUUUUUGUCCGUGGACCGGUGGCGAGGGAGGUCUGGGGGCAUUUUGCUACUAUGUUUGGAAUGCUUCACCUCCCGUUUGAUGAUCUUCAGCUGUUAUGGAGGAAGUGGGCCACAUUGCUGCCUCGCAUCCCUGCACAUCAUAUAAGAUGUGUCCUCCUGCUAUUGGUGGCAUGGUUCAUCUGGCAGGGACGAAAUAAGGCAAGAUUUGAAGAUCAGGUUUUUUCUACUUGGACGGUCACACGUGAGGUCAUUACUUUCUUAUAUGACGUGGGAAGAGCAAACAAACUUGAAAAGGCUCAGUUCUAUGGGGAUCUGGAUUGUGAAUGGGCAAGACUAACAUCUAGGGUGGCCCAUAAUCGGUGGGCAGUGAUGGUUACAUGGACAAAACCUCCAGCCUUGUGGUACAAACUAAACACAGAUGCUAGUGUGGCCAAUGGGAGAGCUAGUAGGGGAGGGGUGCUACGCGAUUCCAAUGGUAGACUUGUGUUUGCUUUCUACAAAGAGUUUGGGGAGAAGGGGGUACUGCAGGUUGAGGCACUUGCAGUGCGGGAAGGGCUGCUAGUGUGUGAGGCAAAGGGGAUACAGGGUAUAUUGGUGGAGGCGGACUCUGCGGAGGCAAAUCUGGUUGCAGAUCGGUUAGCGGCUUUACAGGGAUACCCCAGUAUGGUCUUUGACUCUCUUCAGCAAUUACUAGGGGAGAUCCGCCGCUGUCUGGCUAUGGAUGCUACAGAAUUCCCAUCUCUUAGGCUAGUGCCUAAUUAG